AUGGGCAUGGCCAGUGAGAGCACAACCGCCGCCUCGAUCCGCGUCGUUGCGGAUGCCGCGCACUCGCUCCACGAGCGCGCCCGGAUAUCGGGCCCGGAUUUUGAAGAGGUCGCGCCUGUCGUCAAAAACCUGGAGACAGUACUCAAACAUCUGCGCGUCGAGGCCGAGGACCCAGACUCGUUGCUGAACACGCAGCAGCAAGAAACCAGUGUCUACGCCAGGCAGCUGACGCCCAUCAUCGAGGACUGUGACUUUACCCUGAAGCAGCUCUCCACCAUUUUUGAGAAAUUUGGCCAUAGUGAUGAUGCUAGAAACAGCAACGGACCUGCCCCCUAUCACCCUGCCCCUCCUCCCUUCUCCUCCUCCUCCUCCUCCUCCCACCACCCCAGCAAAGAUGGGGCCGAUGGCCAAGGCAAGGACAUGAUUGCCCUGAUACGUACCAAGCUUGCAAACCAGAGGUCCAACCUGGAAAUGUUCCUGGACACCGUCCAGCUGCACAACCCCGCAAAGCAACGCAUGCCACCGCCAACCACAGGCGACCAGAUGGAAAAGAUCAAGGACAAGGUCGACGAGGUCGCCGGGCGCCUUUUCCGCCGGGCGAGGAGGGGUGGCGAGGACGACGAAGAUCUGUGGCGACAAUUCUGCCACGAACUCGAGAAGGAAGGCUUUGCUGGCCAAGUCCUGCGCCAGAACAAGGAGGUCAUCAGGGCCUACUUGAGGGGUUUGGACUCCAAUGGCAUGCUGGAUGGCACCGGCCCGCCGCCCUCUGUGCGUGGCAUCCUGCCUUCGGCCGCUGUCCAUCCGUCCGCCUAUUCGCCUCACCCUCCCGCCACCGGCGAUACCAGCCCCAAGGAGGUGAUGCACCCAACCUUUGAGAAUGAGAAAUACGCCAUAUCCGUCAAACAGGGCCGCGUCCUUCCCGCCCAAGGUGACCAGAAUCGGCAGCUCCAGCAGCAGCACCUCGUGCCCCACGCGCCGCCACCGCCGCCGGGCCUGUAUAACCAGGACUCCGCCUUAUCCUACGACCGGUAUACUUCGUCUGACGAUGAAUACGGCCCCGACUCGUCGCAUCAGCUCGCCCUUAUCUCCACCUGGGAGCUUCUGACCUUGGACAAGCAGGAGCAAGACCAUCUCGCCGCGCGCAUGGGCGCCAUGCAUUUGGCCCCUCAACCCCUACUCCCGGGGCCGACAGCUUCGCCGGGCACCUCGCCCAACCAGCGAUACCUGCCGGCUCCCGUUCCAUCAAAGCAGUCGCACCUGCUUCCGCCGGUCGCGCCUCCACUGGAUCUCUCCAUCUCGCCCCGCUAUGUUCCGCCACUUCCCGCGUACUCGGCGGCGCUGACACCUCCUCCGGCGUACGGCAGCUCUCCCGUUGUUCCACAACCCCUGCCCUCGUCGUUUCCCGGUGUCGGGCAUGCCGUCACACCCGAGCAGGCGCGGUACUCUCGCCUCGCUCCCGAUUCACAAGGGAGGGACAUCCCGCUCGACGCCAAGUGGACCAAGAUCAAGCGGUCACUGGUCAGCACCGAGGUCCUUGCCCAGGCUGGCGUGCGCUACGAGGCCCGGCCGGAAUUUGUUGCCGUGCUUGGUGUCCUGACCAAGGCUGACAUCGCCGAGUUUGCCCGCCGAAGCGCUGAGAUCCGUCGGAUGCGUAUGCGCGGUCCGGGUCGACAGCAGACGAGGUCUGCCCAUGCGCCUCGAACCCGCCACCGCACUGGAUCAACGUCGGACUCGGAGUCAGAUGUAUUGUGGGAUGAAUCGGAUUCAUCAGAGGAUGAGCGCGAUGUCAAGCGGCGAUAUGACCGCGGCAAAUAUAUCCCCAAGUCGGUCAAAGGCGACAAGGGCCCUGCUGAAGAACAGAAGGGUACUAAGGUCUACCCUUUCAUCGUGUCACCUCCCAAUGGCGAGAACAAAGCCUCUCCUUCGGCUACUGUGAAGCCCAAACCCAUCUUGAAGAACAAGAACGAAAACCACGUGCGCUUUGAUCGUGAUGGGCCCAUCGAAAUCCCUCCUGAGAGCGAGCGCAGCCCUCGCAGUUCAAGAGACGAGAUGGAUAGGGAGCGGCGCCAGAGGCACCGUGAUUAUGACCGUGACUAUGACCGCGAUAACGAGCGUGAAAGGGACCGGAGGAGGCGCCGCGAUCGGGACCGCGAUCGAGAAAGAGAAUAUCCCCUCCGCGGCAGCAGGCACCGACGAGAAGAGCGUGACCGCGAACGCGAACGAGACCGAGACCGGCCUGGCAAGAAGAAGUGGGGGGAGACCCUCGGGGCCGUUGGCAUUGGCGGUGCAGCGGCCAGCCUGCUGAGCGUGCUGACCGAGGCAGCUUCGGGCUUCUAG